UUCCCCCUACUUCGACUCAAUACGACGCAGAACCGUUCAGUACGCAGUGUCUUUGGAGGACGAAUGUGACAGUAUAUUAGUAUUCCUAUUUUAUUUUAUUAUUAAACCGUCAUGUUGGUAGCCUCGGUACAUUAUCCAUUGUUUGGGCAGCCCCUCGGCAAAUCUAAUAUGAAUCGAAAGGAGUAAUGUUUUUCCUCCGGGCAGUGAAGCAGAAAGUUGCGGUUGCCGCCUUCCCCCUACGAAAUGUUGGACGGAGACGGCGGCUGUUGGAUGCGGCGAGGACGGUCGAGUGCUGCGCUCGGCGAAACGCCGCGUAUGUGCAAGGACAGGCCCCCGAGCCCCACAUACGGGAGUACUUCUACUACAUCGACCACCAGGGACAGCUCUUCCUAGAUGACACUAAAGUGAAGAACUUCAUCACUUGUUUCAAAGAUAAACAGUUCUUGAUCUUCUUCUUCACCCGUCUGCGGCCCAACGAAACCGGCCGCUAUCAGGAUCAGUUUCCCUUCCUGGCUCUGUGCGGGAGAGAGAGGAACUUCCUGCGCUGUGAUGACAGGCCCCUGGUGUUCACCCACCUGUUGCCGGGGGUGGGGCUUGGUGAAAGGGGCGGUGCCUCUGAGAUGCUUUCAUUCUGUGGGGGUGGGGAUAAGCUGACUGCGCCGUUCCGCCCAGAAGCUCUGUUCAUGCAUCCGCGCACGGGGCGGCUCUACCACCCCUGUGCCGACCGGGCAGGGUCAGUAGGGCUGGUGCGCUCUGCCCUGGCCUUCGAGCUCAGCCCCCACUUUGAAUACCCCCCUGAUCAGCCCCAUGGCGGGCAACCCACCCACUUCAUGUGGGCAGGAAAGCGACAUUCUCUGACCAAUGAGUUGGCCAGACAUUUUCCUGAGGACGAAAAGGAACUAACUGGGACUAAUUGAGCUAAUUUAGAUUGCAAUCACCAGGCAAAUUUUUCUAUUGUGGAUUGAGAUCCAGGCAUUUAACGGACUUGUGGUAAAACUGAUGAAAUAUGCAGUACAGUGUUUGCUGUUGUUUUUUGUUUGUUUUCAUAAAACAGUAAAUGACAUUUAUAUUGUC